AUGAGCGAAGCGCAGGACGUUCUGCGCUACUGGUUCGAUGGCGACCAGACCGAGACACAUCGCUCGAAAUGGUUUGCACCCGAAGGAUCAGACAAACAAAAGCAAACGGACGUUGAAGUUGCGAAUCGUUUUGGUUCUUUACUGACGCGUGCAGAGGCCAACGAGCUUGAGAGUUGGUCUACCGAGUCUCCUGACUCUUGUGUGGCACUAAUUUUAGUCCUGGACCAAUUUUCGCGUCAUAUUUAUCGAGCGCGUAAUGUUGCGGAGCAAAAGUGCGAGCAACUCAAGCGAAACGACGCGCACGCACUAGCAGUUGUCGAGCAACAUUUGCUGGCCAACCGCUGGCACGAGACGCUGCCCGUGCCUCGCUUUGUGUUCGCGUUGAUGCCAUUGCGUCACUCGCCGACACCUGAACGACUCGACACGGUCUUAGCUGCAAUUGAAGCGUGUCGACAGGUGCAAGAACAACACGGAAAAUUGCUGGAAAAGUUCCGACGGACUACGACUGAUAGACGGCAGCAUUUGCGAGGAAGUUUAAAGGACGAGACGGAAGUUAGUGCAGACGAGGACAUCUUGGAGCGAGUUUUUAGUGAGACGGACGAGAGCGACAUGCCUCGACAUCGGCUUUAUCGUGCACUAGACGAAUAUUUGAAGCAGAUGCGAGCUCACGAGCAUUCACACAUGGCAGUCUCGCUGUCGGGAGGAGUGGAUUCGAUGGUGGUGGCGUAUUUGCUGCACAAGUUGAGGGAAAAGCACGGAAAGUUUACAGUUGUGGCCGUGCAUCUUGACUAUGGAAACCGCCCUGAGAGUCGGGCAGAGUGUGACUACGUUCGUCGCUGGUGCAAUAAGUUCGGCAUAGUUUUCCAUGUGCGUCGCAUUGAGGAGAUGAAGCGCGCUACGACGCGACGGGAUGGAUAUGAACGUAUAUCGCGUACGAUUCGGUACACGACGUAUGCCGAUGUGAUGCAGAAGUAUAACAUUCCGGGUAUGUGCUUUGGUCACCAUCGAGGUGACGUGCAAGAGAACGUCAUUUCGAACAUGAUGAAGGGUCUGAGUCUGCUUGAUUUGAACGGAAUGCAGGCGAGUAGUACUGUGAACGGCGUGCGCAUUUGGCGUCCAUUAUUGGACUUUGACAAGGACGUCAUAUUCGAGUUUGCACAUCGAUAUGGCGUGCCGUACUUCAAGGAUACCACACCAAAGUGGAGUACGCGUGGCAAACUACGCAACCAUCUCGUGCCUCUACUCAGAGAUAUGUACGGUGAUGGGUUCCUCAACAACCUCUCGGCUUUAGGCGCUGAGUCAACGCAAUGCGCUGAUCUCGUGCAUUCUCAAGUUCUGACUCCCAUCAUGGAAUCGGUUGGACAGAGCGACGUAGCAGUGUGGGUAGACUGCAGGCUGUUGUUGAACCAACCUUUCUUUGUGUGGAAAGAAGUUUUUCGUGAAGUGUGUCAUUCUAUCAUGGGCAACAGUAUGGUGCGCGACAAACCGCUGCACGAACUGAUCCAGAAGCUAGCGCGUCUGGAAGCUAGCUCGGUGAACACAGCCAAGCACAAAGACAAGGAAGCUGAGACCGGAUCAUGGAUCACGCUCAAAAAGGGUAACAGGUCGCUCUUGACUACCUGCAAGCAUCUCAUUAUCUUUCGCGACCGCUUCUUCCCUCUUGAAGCGUACGUCGCUCCUCUGCAGCCCAUUUCAGCAGGCGUGGCAUACUUGUUUGGUCCGUGGAAGGUGCAGACAGAGCUACUGGAUGAAGAUCACGCUAUCGUGCAAGAACUUCGCAACCGCAAGCCAUUGACUGUAUGGGACAUAGUGCGUGAUAACGGUGUCUCGUACGUGUUUCCGAAUGCGCCCCAAUUGGUCGUUGACUGCAGUGCUCGCUUCCAGGCGCUGCGAGCCGUUCAAAAAUCCAUCACUGACGUUAUGCCCAUUGUGUCCUCAAGUGGUGCCUUCGACGUUGUCAGCACAGGCGAUGUCUCCUCGAAAUGGGUACAUGCCACAGUGACCUACUCUGGAUAG